AGUUGUCAACUUGUCACAUCGAAAAUGAAAUUAACGUGAAAAAAACCCAUGUUAACAAAUUUUUUAGAAAUAAUGAUAAUGUUACUGCGUUCGCAAUGAAAAUGAGAAUAUAAGAGAAUAUUAAAAGCAGUUUUUGAUACAAUGGACUCUGACGAGUUGUGCAACAUUGAGUUUAUCGAUCUAAAUGGCGUAGACGAAAGCGAGCAACUUCGCAUUAGAAAUUCUCUACAGCAGUUAGAUCCCAGCGUUCAGCUUCCAUGGGUCAAAAACAAAAAAAUACUUUUACGCGACAAACAACAAAAUAACAGAGAAAACGAUGGACAAAACGUAAUUGAAUCGGUUCCAACUUCACAACAUCAUAAUCCAUACAUUAAUCAUCCUAUGAUCACGCAACCGGUUUACUAUAAUCAACAACAAUCCGUUGUGGUGCAACCCAUUAUAACCUAUCCCCAUCACACGAAUAUUCUAUAUUAUCCGACUAAUGUACUCUCACCCGUUUCUCCUCCGUAUCCGCAGCAAGUGUUUAUUCCCCAAACAAAUUAUUCAACAACUUACCCAUGCACUAUUCAAACUGGAGAGGCCGAAGAUCUACAGAAAGAAGAAAACGAAGGAAUCCUUUCGAAGGAAAACGGAAUUGAAGAUAACGGGGACGACAAAAAUGAAACCACACCAAACAAAGUGCCUGAAAUAAUCCCAUCCUCUCCGAUAAUCGAAAAUGGUAAUGAAAACGUAGAAACAGUCACUAGUCCGGCUCCCGUAAACAAAUCGUGGGCGAGUCUUUUUAGUUCGAGCAAAUCUAGUAAUACAUCUAGCACUAAACCACACCCGGAGUUAAACAUUCAACAGACUGCAAACAAGAAAUCCUACGAGAAUGAGGCGUUUUGCCCGAUCAAGCAUCCGAGGAAAUCGCAACAGUUUAUCGAUCCGGAUUGCUACAGAAUGGGCGAAUUCCUUAUAUCGUACGCUAUCGAUGGGAAAGCUCUCAGUUUGCAACCGAGAGGGUUACUGAACCAAAGCAACUAUUGCUACAUAAAUUCGAUUUUACAAGCGCUCGUCGCUUGCCCGCCGCUCUACAAUCUUCUGACGGGUUUAGCGCAAAAUAUUUCAUCGAACGGGAAACGAAAACCCACACCAGUCAUUGAUGGAAUGUGCCGCUUCGUGAAGGAAUUUAAAUACUUGCCGCCGAACUUGAGAAACAAAGAUAAAAAGGCUGAAAAGAAUCCGAAAAAAGACGCGAACGUUUUAAUUAAUACCGAUAUUCCCUUCGAACCUACUUGGAUAUAUAAAAUGCUGAAUGGAAUUAGAACGGACCUGAUUGAGGGUCGACAAGAGGACGCCGAAGAAUUUUUAGGAUUUUUAUUAAACGGAUUAAACGAUGAAAUGUUAGAGUUAAUUAAAUUGGUAAAGAACGACAAGGAGGAACCCAACGAGUCUGUAUUGACUACUGAUGAUAACGGAGAAAAAGAAUGGAAGGUUAUGGGACCAAAAAAUAAAGGCAGCAUUACAAGACGAACGGAUUUCGAUAGAACACCAAUUAGCGACAUAUUUGGAGGAUUGUUAAAAUCCAAAAUUCACAGAGCUGGAGAUCUCAGCACCGAAAAUAUACAACCUUUUCUUACCCUUCAAUUAAAUAUCGAAAAAGUGAAAACCGUUAGAGAAGCAUUAGAGGCGCUAGUAAAUAAGCAUCAAUUGGAAGGAUUAACUUCAUCUAAGACAAACGAGGAAGUCGAGGCCUGGCAACAGGUCCUGCUGGAUGAGCUACCUGUAAUUCUCAUACUUCAUUUGAAAUGUUUCGAUUACAAACAAGCCGGUUGCACAAAAAUUAUCAAGGCUUUGGAAUUUCCAGUUGACUUGAAAAUCGAUCAGAAACUCCUAUCUUCGAAACCUCAAUCGCAGAAGGAGAAGCACUACAAAUUAUUCGCUGUUGUCUACCACGAUGGCAAAGAAGCUAGCAAAGGUCAUUAUGUAACCGAUGCCUUUCAUAUCGGAUACAGCUGUUGGCUGAGAUACGACGACGCCUCCGUGAAAACGGUGCAAGAAGAGCAAGUAUUGAAACCUCAGGGAACGAGAGUUCCUUAUCUGUUGUUCUAUCGACGUAGUGAUACCAUUAGGGGAAAAUAAGACACGAUUGUAAUGGCCUAAACUAAUUUUUCGUCUCCGCAGUAUCACCCCCGAAAAGGAGUAAGAAUGGCAAAUGUUGUUGUUGUUGGCGUUUCUUUUUAUAAAUCUAUGCUAUUAAUAUUUAUUUUGUUUAGAGUACAUAUUUUAUUAUAAAGCAGGUUUAUUACAUAUUGGGUGAACGGCUUGAUUUGUUUAAGCUUUGUACAUCCUAUUUCUCGAAAUGGCUCUGUGGGAGGUAUUUUCAACAUUCGAUGCUAUGUACCUAAUAAUAAUUUUUCACGCAUGUAUCAAUAGAUUUAAAUAAAUGUUGAUAAACUAAGGUACAAAUAAUAUUAGUUAUAAAUAUGCUAACUUUGGGCCACCUAUAAAAGUAAACGAAUUUAUCAGCAGUAUCGUCCUCGUUUCUGAUAUCAUAUAAUCAUUUAGUAUUCGUUCUUACUAAAUAGUUUAACGUUUAUACUUUAUAUUUUUCAUUGUUUACCAAAUUAAUAGCAAAAUUAUUAGUAAAAAUGAUGAAUAAAGAUGCCAAUGAAUCGACGCUUCCAUGAGGUACUUUUCGAGAAGUAAAUUAUAAUAAGAACUGUUGUAGCUUGCAGGUUGAGCUGGUAAAACAAUUGUCAUUUUCAUGUUUUAACUCGAGCAGUCAGUUCAUUCAUUAUAGUUCAACCUGUACUUAAUUAGGUAUUUUAUUAAAAUAAAUGAACUUAUUAAAGAGAAUUUGUACUGUAUAUAUGUAUCCUAGAAUGUUAAAAAUAAAUGUUAAGAUAAAUUUUGAAGAGACCAGUAAAGCUUUUAUAAAAGUACGAUUUUGUUUUAGAUCAGCCGUUUCA